AUCUAUCUAUCUCUUCAGACACUAAAUAAAGCUUUCUUCUUCUUCUUCUUGUAUCAAUGGAAGUCUCAACCAAUUCCUUUCUCAGUCAAGAUGACUUCAACCAUUUAUACUCUUCACUCUUUACUGAUUUCGAAGAAGACAUAAACACUAAUAAAAUUGAUGACCACGACAACAACGACAAAAAGAAGAGGCGCAAAAUCACCAACCUCCUCCCUUCUUCUGAAUCAUCACCGCCGCCAUUCACUGACAUUCUCUCUACAUUGCUCUUUCUCGAAGACAACGACCAACAACAACAACACACCUCAUUCUCAAUCCAAACCACCCCCCAUUCCCAUUCCGACCAACAAACAACGAAGCGCCAACGUACUUCCAUCAUGCCGGAAGAAGUUUCAGCCCAACCUCGUCGUCUUUGGGUCAAGGACAGGUCCAAUGCAUGGUGGGAACAUUUCAAUAAUCCUGAUUGCCCACAAGACGAAUUUCGUCAAGCAUUUCGUAUGACUAAAUCAACUUUCAACAUGAUCUGCAACGAACUCGAUUCCGCAGUCGUCAAGAAGAACACUAUGCUCCGUCUCUCUAUUCCCGUCCGUCAAAGAGUCGCCGUCUGCAUAUGGAGACUUGCCACCGGCGAACCCCUCCGACUCGUUUCCAAACGCUUCGGCCUCGGCAUCUCCACCUGUCACAAACUCGUCCUCGAGGUCUGCGCCGCAAUUAAAACAGUCCUCAUGCCCAAAUUCCUCCAGUGGCCAGACGAAUCCAGAUCCAAACAGAUCAAACAAGAAUUCGAAUCGAUUUCGGGAAUACCCAAUGUCGGUGGAUCGAUGUACACUACCCACAUCCCAAUUGUAGCUCCAAAGGAAAACGCCGCCGCCUAUUUAAACAAACACCAAACCGAUCGUAAUCAAAAAGCUUCUUACACGAUCACAGUCCAAGGAGUUGUCGAUCAUAACGGCGUCUUCAACGACGUUUGUAUCGGCUGGCCGGGAUCAAUGCCAGACGAUAAAAUCCUCGAGAAAUCCUCCCUCAAUAAGAGAGCAGCCAAUGAGGGACUUCUUAAGGAUUGCAAUUGGAUAGUAGGAAGUUCAAACUAUCCACUAACGGAUUGGGUUUUGGCACCUUAUGCAAAUCAGAAUCUGACGUGGACUAGACAUUCGUUUAACGGGAAGAUUGGAGAAGUUCAGGGAGUGGCUAAGGAGGCGUUUGGUCGGCUCAAGGGAAGGUGGACCUGUCUGCAAAGGAGAACAGAGAUGAAGCUGGCGGAUUUGCCUGCUGUUCUUGGGGCUUGCUGUGUUCUGCAUAAUAUAUGCGAGAUGAGUGGCGAGGCUAUGGAACCCGAGUUCACGUUUCAGAUUAGCGAUGACGAAAUGACGCCGGAGAAUCCUGUUAGAUCUUCGGGGGCGAUGCAGGCUAGAGAUCAGAUCGCUCACAAUCUGUUGCACCGAAAUUCAGCUGCUUUUGUUCUAUAGAUAGAUAGUAGUAUACUAGGAGAAUGAAUCUCCAAUUAUUGUAGAAUAAUAAUAGUAACAAUAAUAUGAAACCAGCUAGUUCUCAAAUGCAGCGCAAUAAAUCAAUAGAAA